AUGAAAUAUCAUGCUACCUUCUUGAAAUUUAUUCAAUUCAAAGUCAACAAUGGUGCUCUUUACAUGUUCUGGGAUGACAAUUGGCUAUACCCUCAUUCUCUCAAAUCUUGUUAUCCAAAUUUGUAUGUAGUGUCUAGAGCUAAAAAUUUCACUGUUGUUGAUAUGGGAUCUUUUGAUAUUAAUGUUAUCAACUGGAAUUUUCAUAUCCCCAGAAGACUCAAUGCAGCUGCUAGAGCUGAGUACUCUCUCCUUUCUGCAGAUUUGAAUGGCUUCAAAUUUAACAUGAGUUGCACUGAUGAAUUGCAAUGGUCUCUUACAAAGUCAAAGCAAUUCUCUGUAAGUUCAACAUAUGAUAAAAUCAUUGCUAAUGAUGAAAGUUUUCUCACUGUUCCAAUUUUUAAUCUUAUCUGGAAGCUUAAAUGUCCUCCUAAAAUUGGAUUAUUCUUAUGGUUACUGGCUAACAACAGAUUACCUGCUAGAGAUUUACUAAAAAGAAUAGGUAUGGAUGUUCCUCAAGGUUGUUUGUUUUAUGAUGCAGAUGAAACUUCUUCUCAUUUAUUACUUCAUCGCACCUUUGCUACACAAGUCUGGAAUGAUUUCAUGAGUAAGUCAAAUUGGUUCUUCUCUAUGCCAGCUGAUAUAACUUCAAUGUUGCAAUCUUGGGAAUUUGCUCAGGGCAGUAAGGAAUGCAAUAUAGUUUGGUACCUAAUUCCUGCUGCUAUUAUGUGGAGUCUGUAG